AUGAGGCCAUCGGCGAGGACAAUGUGGGCUUCAGGCUAUUGCAGAAGAUGGGGUGGAAGGGAAAGGGGCUUGGCAAGAAUGAAGAUGUUGCUAUUAGGUGGUUCUGGAUAUAUAUCUGCAGGUAUCGUUGACCCCGUCGGCUUGGGAGUUGAAGGCCAGGGGCGCCUGGGCCUGGGGAAAUUGGAGCAAGAUCAAGAAUACACAAAUGCAGAAAACGUCACUCGUAAGCGUUUGGAGGUUGAAAUACAAGCUGAUGAAGAUGCAGAAAGGACACAAAGGCGAGAGUUGCAAGCUGAGAAGGAGCAACGCAUCAGGGAAGAGGUGCAGGCAGUUUUGCAGAAGUUCUUCUGUGAGGUGUGCCACAAACAAUACCAAAAUGCAAUCGAGCUGGAGGGUCACCUGGGAUCAUACGACCACCACCACAAGAAGAGGCUUGCAGAAAUGAGGGCCAUGGUAUCAGGGAGGAACAAGUCAACUCGCAUCAGACGCGAGCAGCGCCAGCUGGAGAAGGAGAUGGCAGGAUUCAACGACCAGCUGCAGAGAGCACGCCGAGGGCGUGAGCAGUCUGGCCAAGCUGCCGCAUCUCUAGCCCAAGAAGAACCCAAGGCAGGAGUGGACCUGACAUCACAGAGGAGCACCAUUCAGUUUGGGUUUGGUGGCAAGAAAACGGGCCAGCAGCCACAGGGAAUCAGUCUGUCUGGCAGAAAAGGCGCACCUGCCCAACUGAAUCGCCCAGGAAAGAAAGCCUUGCCAGCGCCAAACAUUGCGGCGUUUGGGGAUUCGUCAAGCUCUGAGGAUGAUGGCUGA